AACCACACUUAUUCAUCAUCCCCAUAACUGAAAGGCCCCCAAAAAACACUUUCUAUCUUUACAUGUCAAUGGCUUCGUUAUAUGUCAGACUUUUUUCUAUCUUCUUGCUUAUCAUCUGCAUCUUCCCACCACAAGCACUUUCAGUAGUACCAGAGGAAUGUCAAACCAAAACUGAUGGCUGCACCAACAAAGAAAAGGCCUUACCCCUUAAGGUCAUAGCCAUUUUCUCCAUAUUAAUCGCUAGUGUUAUCGGGGUAUGUUCACCUUUAUUUACACGUUCGAUCCCGGCUCUUAACCCCGACAGAAAUUUAUUUGUGAUCGUUAAGUGCUUUGCAGCCGGGAUUAUUCUGGCGACCGGUUUCAUGCACGUGUUGCCGGACUCUUUUAACAUGUUAUCGUCUAGGUGCUUGAAAGAGAAUCCAUGGCAUGAGUUUCCCUUCACGGGGUUCGUCGCCAUGUUAUCCGCAAUAAUAACCUUAAUGGUGGAUUCCAUGGCUACAUCAAUAUACACCAAGAAAUGCAACAACGGGGUUAUCCCGGAAGUUGCAUCACCUGCUGGGGGAGGACAACAGGAAAUGGUUGUGGUGAAUGUUGGACAAUUUCACGGUCACCAUCACGGUUUAAAGCCUGCACCAGGAACUGUAGAUCAACAGUUGUUGCGAUACCGUGUGGUUGCCAUGGUGCUAGAACUGGGGAUUGUAGUUCAUUCAGUGGUGAUAGGGCUUUCACUAGGAGCCUCAAAUAAUACUUGCUCCAUUAAAGGUCUAGUGGCAGCCCUUUGCUUCCAUCAAAUGUUUGAAGGGAUGGGUCUUGGCGGUUGCAUUCUUCAGGCCGAGUACAAAACAAUGAAGAAGUUUAUCAUGGUGUUCUUCUUCUCCGUAACGACCCCAUUUGGGAUAGCACUGGGAAUUGCUUUAGCCAACACAUACAAAGAGAACAGCCCAACAGCCUUGAUCACUGUCGGACUGCUAAAUGCAUCUUCGGCUGGGCUUUUGAUUUAUAUGGCUUUGGUUGAUCUUCUUGCAGCAGAUUUCAUGGGAUCAAAGUUGCAGGCUAGCGUUAAGCUCCAAAUUAAGUCUUAUGUUGCAGUUCUUCUCGGUGCUGGUGGCAUGUCCGUCAUGGCCAAAUGGGCUUGAUCAUCUUCAAAACUAAAAUCUUGUUGGGGAGAACUUUGAUAUGUAAUAAUAUUGGGAGGAAAAGAAAAGUAAAAUAAUUAUAUGUCUAUGUUUACCAUGUGUUGUUGAAAACAUGUUUUUUUUAAGUUGACCUUUUCACUGUAACAAUCACCAAUCCAAGGAAACCAUUCUGAUUUCA